AUGACAAUUCCGUACAAAUGUUACUUUUUAAUAUUACAUAGCGUUGCUUCGCACAUAAUUCUUAAUUACGGCAUCAACAAGCUUUUUGAAAAAGUCGUUAAUCGUAUUAAAUUGGAGUUUAAUUCAUGGGUGAUUAAAGUGUUUUUCAUUCUGAUACAACCAAAAAAUCUUUUAAGCACUUCAAAACAUUAUAUGGCUUUUAAAAUCGUGUCACAUAUUCCAUUAGUUUAUCACUUUUCAUUAUUCUCCAUCGCUUAUGGAACAUCGAGGCAUGUCGAAGCGUCGUCUACACUGGUUGUAGUCUUAAAUCUUUUUCGCAAGAGAAUGUAUGUAGGCAUUGCAGAUACUUAUGAUACGAUUCCCAAAGCAUCUAAAUAUAAACAAACAUCAUUUAUUUAUAGCGUUGACCAUCAAAUGUCACAUAUCAGUGGCAAUGUUUGA